AUGUUAACAAGUCUGAUCCUUGGGAUUUGCCAGCAACAGAACCCACUCUUGCAGCAGUUCACUUCUCAAAGCUCAUCAGUCGCUCCUCAGCUUAGUUUGGGAGUUAAGAGUGCAGUCCAUCAACCAUCUAAUCACCAGGCACCAAUAUCCACAUUAUCUAGGGAGGCUGAUGCAAGACUCACAAAAGUUGAGGAGUUGCAGGAGCAACAAGCUAUUUCUGAAGGAUUAGCAGCAGAAUCUGGUUCAAACUCUGUGCUUGGGAAGAAUCUCAUGCAAGAGGAUGAGUUGAAACCUUCUUACACCUUGGAUGCACCUGUUCGGGUUUGUAUUUUACUCAGCUUGGAUUCUGCAGUUUCUGCUUGUUGGAUUUUCGAAUUUCUGCUGGAGUUUGGAGCUUAGGCUGCUGGCCGUGUUUCUCUCCUUCUCCAUCUUCAGUUUGGUUAUCUCCAGUUUUGGUUAUCUUGUUGGGUUUUCUUC